AUGCGGAGAUCAGCUGAACUGUUUCUGAGUGCUGACAGCAGUGAAGAAGAUAUAGAUGACAUUAUUGAUGAAAUCUGUAACGACAGCAGCUUUACCAAAACACCUCUGAAACUAAAGUCUAACUCUGCAAGUCUCACACCUGAAAGAAAUAGUGCUGCUCUACAGGCUCAUAGGAAAAGGUGUUCUCCAGUGUACCUGGGUGGAAGCUUUUCACCACAUGGCAUAGGAACAAAUACUUCAAAAAGAACCUGUGAUCAACUACGUUGUACUGCUUGUGACUUCCGUGUGUCGCUCUUCAAUGACUACAUCUGGGAUCAGUCCUGUGAUUAUCUUUUUUUCAGGAAUAACAUGCCUGAGCUCAGUAAGCUGAGAGCGAAGAUGAUAAAGAAGAAGGGAGCACGAGCAUAUGCUUGUCAGUGCAGCUGGAGAUCCAUUGAUGGAUUAACUGAUCUCCAAACAGACCAGCAGCUUCGGUGGGUUUGUGGUAAACAUGCAGAAUGA